AUGUUCCUGUUAUCCGCGCGCAAGGCGUCCAAGCCAGUCCGCCUCUCGGCCUUGUACAGUCCCACACUCUCUGCCGAUGCCACUGCCUCACUCGAUACCAUUGACAGCUUGAAGCUGCUGCUGCGUGGCGGAUAUGUGCGCCAGUCCGCGUCGGGCACCUACUCCUACCUCCCGGUGGGCAUGCGCAUGCUGCAAAAGAUCACCAAUGUCAUUGACGAGGAGAUGGAACGCAUCGGCGCAUCGCGCAUUGAAAUGCCACAGCUCUUGUCGUCGGCCUUGUGGCACAAGACGGGACGCAUCCAAGCCAUGGGCAGCGAGCUCUUCCGCUUCAAGGACCGCCGUGGCGCCGAAAUGAUCCUUGCGCCGACCCACGAAGAGGAGGUCACGCGCUUGAUCGGCGCCGAUGUCGAUUCGCCCAAGGCGCUGCCGGUGCGCGUGUACCAAAUAGGGCGCAAGUUUCGCGACGAGCCGCGGCCGCGCGCAGGCCUGCUCCGCACAAAAGAGUUCCUCAUGAAGGACAUGUACUCUUUCGACGCCAGUGCUGAGGCGGCCAAGGAGGCGUACGCGGACGUGCGCGGCGCGUAUGCAUCCAUCUUUAACCGCGUCUUUGACUGGAGUCACAUCCCGUCGCUCGCCUCCUCGGCGCCGGCCUGGCGCGAGGCACAGGCCGAUACCGGCGCGAUGGGCGGCACGUUUUCGCACGAGUUCCAUGUGGAAGACGCGAUCGGCGAAGAUACUUUGCUGUCGUGCGACCACUGUACGUACGCGGCCAACGUCGAGUGCGCGACGUCGCAUGCCACGCCGGAGCGCCAUGCCAAGUCGCUGGAGGACGUCGAAAUUGCGCUAUUCACGAGAAAGAGCGACCCGGGUUGCGUGCAUGCGAUCGUGUACCCUGCGUGGGCGACACUCAAUCCGCUCGUCCUGGGCCGCGACCAGCUCGAGCCAUUGUCCAGCGAAGCGCCGUUGGAGCGCCUGUGCAUUGUGCGUGACCACGACGUUGCGCUCGACGAUGCGUCGCUCCGGGCCGCCGUGCAAGAGGCCGUGGCGGCCGCACGUCCGACACCCGAGUCGCUUGCGCUCGACGAGCCGAGCGCCGCGUCCAUGGUGCGCACCGCCGAGGUCGGUGAUGUCUGCGCACAGUGCCACACGGGGCACCUCGCCGAACACCGUGCGAUGGAAAUCGGGCACACGUUCUUGCUCGGCACGCGCUACUCGCAGGUGCUGGGCUACAGCGUGACGCCGAGCGGCGCGUCGCAGCGCGAGCCUUUGCAGAUGGGGUGCUAUGGUAUCGGCGUGACACGCAUUCUCGGCGCGCUCGCUCAGCGAGCCAUGCACGCGCACGCGCAGCUGCACCCCGAGGCGGCCAACAGCAAGCGGCCCCGUGCCGGCUUUGUCUGGCCGCAAGGGCUCGCGCCGUUCGAGGCGCUGAUCCUCCCCGCUGCGCCCCAUACGCCGCAGAAACUGGAGGCGGCGCAGCGCCUGGCAGCCAAGUUGGACGCCGGUGUGGCGCCGACGUGGGUCAAUCCGUCCGACGACGACCUGACCUCGAUCCAGAUCCCGGCCGAGGAGAUUGCCGUGGACGACCGUGCGGGCCGCACGUUUGGCUCGAGUCUGUUUGACGCCGAGCUGCUUGGCUACCCUCUGCUCUUCCUCCUCGGCAAGCACUGGGAAAAGACCGGCGAGGUCGAGGUGCGUCGCGCCGGCCAUGCCACGCGCUACUGCACGGUCGACGGCGUGUGCCCCUAA